AUGGUUAACGUUUUUAGUCCAGAAGUUUUCUUCAUUGUCUUCAGAGAAACACUUGAAGCUGUUAUCGUUAUUUCAGUUUUACUUGCAUUCUUAAAGAAGGGUUUAGGAGGAUCCGAAAAUGAUCCAGCUGUUUAUAAACGAUUGAAGAGGCAGGUUUGGUGGGGUUCGCUCACGGGGCUUAUUAUCUGUUUAAUUAUUGGUGGUGCUUUUAUUGGUACAUUUUAUUCUCUUGGUAAGGAUAUUUGGUCCAAUUCUGAAGAUCUUUGGGAAGGUAUUUUCUGUGUCAUUGCAACUAUUUUAAUCUCUAUUAUGGGUGUCGCUAUGUUGCGUGUUAACAAGAUGCAGGAGAAGUGGAGAGUAAAGUUGGCUAAAGCUCUUUUAACUCCACCAAAGGAGAAGAAAGAUAGAUACAAGAUUGGAUACUUGACCAAGAAGUACUGUAUGUUCAUCUUGCCAUUUAUCACAGUUUUGAGAGAAGGUUUAGAAGCUGUUGUGUUCGUUGGUGGUGUAGGAUUGACUUCUCCAGCCACUGCCUUCCCAAUUCCUGUUAUCACAGGUUUACUUGCUGGUGGUUUAGUGGGAUACUUGUUGUACGUUGGUGGUACUACUCAAUCUUUGCAAAUAUUCUUAAUCUUCUCCACUUGUAUCUUAUACUUGAUUGCUGCUGGGUUGUUUUCCCGUGCUAUUUGGUACUUCCAAAUGUACGUUUUCUCCAAGAAGACCGGUGGUGAUGCGGCUGAGAAUGGAUCUGGUCCAGGAACCUACAACAUUCACCAAAUCGUAUGGCACGUCAACUGUUGCAACCCGGAAACCGAUAACGGUUGGGAUGUCUUCAAUGCCUUAUUAGGAUGGCAAAACUCUGCCACCUAUGGUUCUGUCUUGUCUUAUGUUAUUUACUGGAUUGCUCUUAUUGUUGUCUUGUUCCUUAUGUUAUUUGAAGAAAAGCACGGUCACUUACCAUUCACCAAGGACUUCACCUUGAGAAAGUUGAACCCAAUGUACCACAUCAAGAACAAGAAGAAGAACGAAUUGACCAAGUCUGAACAAGAUGCAUUAUUCGCCAAGUUACAGACCCAGAAGAUCGGUGUUGAAGACGAACCAGAAGUUGAACUUGAAAGAGUUUCAACCGGUGCUAAGAAGUAA